UAAUUUGAAACUGUUUCUCAAAGAAAGCGGCUCGGGUUUUAGGGCGAUAUGGUGAUGUUUGAUUAGAAAUAUAUCGCGUGAGGAUCAAUUAGGCGAAAUUAGCAGUCGGCCAUGGAUUUACAGAGCUGUGUGCAGAUGUUUGAAACCCACAUACAGGGGUAUAAAGGUGAUGACCCUCUGGAACUUUGGGAAAGGUACGUACAGUGGGCAGAAGAAGCUCUCCCUCCUCAAGAAAAGAGAAACGUUUUGUGUUUGUUGGAAAGGCUAGUAAGAAACUUCAUCGGGGACAAAAGAUAUUUUAAUGAUGAGCGAUACAUCAAGUACUGCCUUAAAUUUGCAGAAUCAAUAGAUGAGCCUACACAGUUCUUUGAAUAUUUGUACAAUCAAGGAAUAGGUCAUCGAUCAGCGCAUCUUCAUGUGAUAUGGGCACAAAGACUAGAAGCUAAAGGAGACGUACAGAAUGCCAUUGCUCUUUACCACAAAAGUUUUCAAACUCGUGCAGAACCACAGGAAUUUCUGGAUCAUCACUAUAGAGCAUUUCAGAUCAGGAUAUCGCAGAACCUGCCAGACCAAGGUACAUCUGCUGCUCACCUUAGGAACUCACAGAUUUUAAAUCACAUGGUCCCAGCAUCUUUGAAUCCUGAUCCAGCAACUCUUGCUAAAAGUCAGAGUGCUGUCGGUGCUGGAAUAGAGGAUCAGGCUGAGAAGCAACCCACUUAUAAUGAGGGCUCCAGUGGGGGUGACAGAUGGGUGACUGUUUCCAAAUCGGCUGUAGUUCCUCGAUCAGGCCCGUCUGCAGCAGCAGAAACCAAGCAGGUCGCCAUGUACUGCAAGGAGAAGUUGAUCUGUGGGGACUCCGAGUUGUCACUAGAGGAGUUCAGAGCAAAUAUCUAUAGAAAAAAAUAUGAGCAUCGAAGAAAAAUGCACCAGCUGGAGGAAGAAGAAAGGAAAUACCAGAAGGUUAAGGAGGAAGCUGCUUUGCAGGAACAGUUGCUGAAACAGAAGUUAGAACAACUUAGCAGCCUUUUACGUGUUCAGGACCAGCAGAAAGUAGUACCUCAAUCUGCUCCUGAACAGAAGCCUGGCACUCGAAUGGUGUUGGACCCCAACAAAUCUAUACCAACUGGAGUGAGUUACCCAGUUCCUGGUGCUCAAAGUUCCUCAAUGAUAUAUCGGAGACGAAUAUCCACAUCUGGCCCACUCACACCUUGUGAGUUUUCCGCACCUCUUGUAGCACAACCUACACCUUCUCCUGCGGCUGCCACUGGAAGCAGCCAACUGUGUGCAUCUAAUGAUGUAGUAAAACUUGCUCUGGGCCUCACUGCGAUGCCUCCUACUGUUGACGCUGAAGCACAUGGAAGCCAUUAUGGUAAUCCUCUAACACCUGGGCAUGACUUGUUCUUUAAACCACCAACUGGACAUGACCAGUCAGCAGCGUCGUCCUCAGAUGUCCCCAGACAGUUGUGCCAGAAUAACAGUUCUAGUGGAGUAAAAACACAACACGGCAUAAAAGAAGCUUCUACAGUUACGAACUCUUCCGGAUACUUUGCAAAUGCAUCUCACGUUACUCCAAACACAUCUCUAGGGCUUGGACAGCCAACUCCAUCUAAAGUGCUUCCUUCUCCUACUGUCAACACAAAAGAAGCACUCGGAUUCAUAAUGGACAUCUUCCAGACAUCCACACUGCCAGAGAAUGAACAGGAUGAUCCGUUUGAUGCACCUGAUGAAAUUGAACAGGAUUUAGAGGCGUUUUGUCGAAAUGACAGUAAAGAUCAUGCAAACGCCAAUGGCCUUUUCGGAUUGCAGAAUGUUGCCCCGGCUUUGCCACCUGGCUUUUCGAUCUUUGAGGAUGAGGCCAACAAAAAAAAUGACGUGCCUCUUGCAAGUAAACCUUUAGAAGUGAAAACAUUUGGAGAUCGCCCUAUGCUCAAACUCGCCAUCAAAUCCAAUGAGGAGACCAGGGCCACUGAAUCCCCAGGAGAUGAUUGUACCGUGUGGGCUGUCCGCUGCAACAAAACGCUAGCACCCAGCCCAAACAGCACAGGGGACUUUGCCAUGGCAGCUCAGCUGGCCUCCACACCGGCCAACAAGCUAGCGGAACCAGCUUGCCACACACUGGAGAAUAAAGAAAAUGCAGUGACAGAAAACGGUGGCCAUAUGAAUUUUGAUUUCUCAGAGGAUAAAUUCAUCCAAGCGUCCAAAAUAAGGAAGCUAAGUCCUAUUCAAGAGCAAAGCCCCGAGCAUUCUAAGCUACCGAUGAGCGCACAGUCCCCUUCUUCAUGCAGUAUGUUUCCGCCGGCGAUAUCCGUAACGUCUGAGGUGGACCAAACAGGACAGCGUCUGGCCGCGUGUAAGCUUUCAGAAACGUUACACUGCGGGAUGAUUGGAAAUAUUGAAGACCCUUGGGGAGUAACCACGCAGCCUCUGAUUGUACAUCAGGAAGAGGAGCAGGAGGAGGAAGAAGAGCCUUGUUUUCAAGCUCCAGAUCAAGUUAUAGUUAAAAAUGCGUGGGAUGAUGAAUUGAUUGCCCGACUUCUGUCGAAGCUGCCCAAACCACUUAAUUCUUUCAGCAACUAUUCCCAAUGGUAUUCCAAUGUUCCGGCUUUCAAACCGAAGAUGGAUGUGACGUUGGGCUCCGACUCGUAUUGCAUAGAGAGCAUGCUCGGAAAGGGAGCCUUUGCUCAAGUUUAUCAAGCAACGUCGAAAGCAAACAAACUGAAAGUUAUGCUAAAGGUUCAGAAGCCAGCGAAGCCCUGGGAGUUUUAUAUUGGAACACAAAUUAGUGAGAGAAUGAGCCCAGCCCUGAGGCAUCUCUUUAUCAGUUUCCACCAUGCACACAUGUUCCAGAAUGGGAGUGUUCUGGUGGGAGAUCUGUAUAUGUUUGGAUCAUUACUGAAUGCAAUAAACUUGUACAGGAAACUGAAUGAGAAAGUGAUGCCCGUCCCGCUGGUUAUGUAUUUUGCCAUUAACAUCCUGUACAUGGUGGAGCAGCUUAAUAACAUUGGCAUAAUCCAUGGAGACAUCAAGCCGGAUAACUUUGUCCUGGGUGAAAAGUUUCUUGAUAUGGAGGCAUUCGAGCUUGAUUUUGUGUCUCAUGGACUGGCGCUGGUUGAUCUUGGUCAGAGCAUUGAUAUGACCCUUUUCCCAAAGGGUACCGCAUUCAUGGGAAAGUGUGAAACAUCGGGUUUCCAAUGUACUGAAAUGUUAACUAAUAAACCAUGGAACUACCAGACUGACUAUUUUGGUGUGGCGGGAACAGUUUACUGUAUGCUGUUUGGCAACUACAUGAAGGUGAAGCAUGAGUACGGAGCCUGGAAAACAGAUGGCAUUUUCAAAAGAAUCCAACAAGGAGAGCUGUGGAUUGAUUUUUUCCAUACGCUGUUGAACAUACCCGAUUGCCAGAGCCCUUCUCCUCUCAAAGCCCUGCGAGAAAAACUCACGACUACGUUUCAGAGAGAAUAUACAAACAAGAUAAAAGCCCUGCGCCAAAGACUGAUCAUCCUGCUAAUGGAAGACAAGCGCUCCAGAAAAUAGAUCGCAGUCUCUUCCCCCGUCCGCAACAGAUGGUUUGGCCCAAUAGACCAGCCCAGCUUCUUGUAUAUAAAUCGUUCCUGAAAUCUGAACUUUACCGAAGGGAAAAUAAAGCAGCUCCUGUUUCUUAUUUUUUUUUUCUUCCUAUUGCUGUCAAACAAUAGUGAAAAUAUUUCUAUCGCAAAAAGAAAACAAACUCCGCUUAACAAAGCCAGCCACUUUGAAAAUCCCAACAGUAUUUUUAUUGAUGGGAUAUUAAAUGCUUGCAGUUGCUGUGCAAUUACUUUUAACUUUCUAUUAAGACAGUUUAUUAUGUCUCAUCUGUUUUAGUCCUGUGUUGACAUGCUAGUACUUGUUGUUGGAAAGAUCUAUUUGUGCAUCACCCAUAAGCCAGUGGGCUCCACACAUCAUCGUUUCUCCUUCGGCCUAUGCUGUGGACAUUCCUGAUCUUGUAUGAAUGUAGUGUCUGUAUAGUGUACUUUUAUAGACCUAUAUUACAGUAUCGGCACUAGUUUUAUAGUAUUUAAAUAUGAAACUUCGGAUCAACACAUCUAGACAGCAUUGCAAUGUCUAGAAUAUAAACUUUAUUGCCAAGAUGACAAGUACCGGCAGCCGUCAUGUAAAGGGGACAAAUACAUUUAGCCUUUUUUCCAUACUGUAAGCAGAGACUCAUUUCUUAUGUUCCUAAGCACUUAUAUUGAUGAGCUUGUUUAUUGUUAGUGUGCGGUGUUGCUAUAGGGUCAGGAGACAGAAAUUGGGUACCAUGCACAAGGGCAGAAAUUAAUAUUUAGAAAACGUUUUUGGGUUUUUUUUUCUUAUUUUAAGAGCUGACUUUAAAUCAUGUCCACGUUUUCUGAUAUUUUUCUAUCUCCCUUGAACGCGAGCAGCGUUUUUCUGAGAAACUCCUUAAGCGCACACAUUCAUCUGCUCCGUUUGAUUAUCGGUUGUACACUGAUAAGAUUAAUUGCUGGGUGAGCAAGGGGGAUAGGGAUUAGCGUUACUUCAUAGUAUUUCAUAUAGAAUAAGAACUAACUAGUGUGGGGCUUAAUAAAAAUAUUUGUACACAA